AUGGAUGUCUCUUCUGUCACUUCCAAAGCAGCUCAUGCGCACAAUAAAAACAUUGUCCGCAAACCAAAUUUCUCCUCUUGGGCCAUAAGAAAAUAUUGUGCCACCAGGUUUUCCUCUCUUUUCGUCCCCAGGGAAGAGCUUGCGGACACCACCUGGAGUGAAAUCUUGAACCCAUUCCAAAACCUUGGCCAACUCACGGCAAGACAAUGGAACUUUUUCUUUGUCGGAUUCUGUGGUUGGACUUGGGAUGCCUUUGAUUUCUUUACCGUUUCUCUCAAUGUGACAAGACUUGCACGGUCCUUUGAUGUCACCGUGAAGCAGGUCACGUGGGGGAUCACGUUGGUCCUCAUGCUUCGUUCGGUUGGGGCUGUCAUUUUCGGGUUGUGGGGUGACCGUUAUGGCCGUAAGUGGCCAUACAUCUUCAACAUGGGUCUCUUGAUGGUUUUGCAGAUUGGACUUGGCUUUGUGAAAACCUAUGACCAAUUUUUAGCUGUACGUGCCUUGUUCGGUAUUGCCAUGGGUGGAAUGUUUGGAAACUGUGCAGCCAUUGCCUUGGAUGAUUGUCCAACAGCUGCAAGAGGUAUUGUGUCCGGGAUCUUCCAGCAAGGGUAUGCGUUGGGCUACUUGCUUGUGGUCAUAUUUCAAAGGGCUAUCACCGAUAAUAGUCCCUACACGUGGCGAGCACUCUGUUGGUUUUCCGCCGGUCCUCCGGUCAUUUUCAUGUUGUGGAGGUAUUUCUUGCCGGAAACGAACACCUACAUCAAGCAGCUGGAAAGACGUGCCUUGGAGAGAAGAACAGACGGAGCUGAUCAACUGAAGGCUAAAUCUUUUGCACAAGAGGGGGUCCGGGUCAUGAAACAAUACUGGUUGAUCACCAUUUACGCCAUCUUGCUCAUGUCUGGAUUCAACUUUAUGUCGCAUGGAUCGCAAGAUUUGUAUCCCACCAUGUUGACUAAACAAUUGCAAUACGGUCCCGACCGGUCGACCGUGACCAACACGGUUGCCAACUUGGGGGCCAUCUUUGGUGGGAUUGUGUUUGGCCAUCUGUCCACGUACAUUGGUCGUCGUUUCGCCAUCAUCAUUGCAGCCAUCUUAGGUGGGGUCAUGGUUUACCCCUGGGCGUUUGUACGAAACUCGGGGAUCAAUGCAGGCGCAUUUUUCUUGCAAGCUGGCGUUCAAGGGGCUUGGGGGGUAGUCCCCAUCCACUUGUCGGAAUUGUCACCCCCUCAGUUCCGGUCAUUUUUCACCGGGGUUUCGUACCAAUUGGGCAACUUGUGCUCUUCUGCGAGUUCCACGAUUGUGUCAACUCUCGGGGAGCGAUUCCCCCUUCCGGAGCUUGGUGAGGAUGUUUAUGAUUACGCCAAAGUGAUGGCCAUCUUCGUUGGCUGUGUCUUUGGCUACAUGAUCAUCAUCACCUUCGUUGGGCCCGAGUACCGUGGCGCGAACUUGGACGUAUCCAGAAACGAUGAGCUUGAAAUUGACGAUGUUAAGGCGUCUGAGUCACUUGAAUCGGACGAUGUAAAGCCGCAAGCGCAACACACAGAGAAGGUAUAG